AUGUCUUCUAACAGCUGGAUAGAAUCGGCUAAGUGCUUUUUCGGUCGACAGCCACUAGAAGCGCCCGAAUCCCCGAGGCAGGCUUUCCGUGUCGAUGGCAUCCCAGUCAAUCGCCAAAAUGAGCUGGUACACGAUCUCAGAAGUAUGGCCGAGCAGGACCCGGUGCUGCGAGAAGCCUUUGCGAAUUUGAUUGUUCGCAGCCUAAUGUCAAAGGGCGACGGGUUCGUCUGCGCUUUUGCUACUGUCAACAAGGGCAUUACAACUCCCUACGAAGAUGUGGACGGCGUAGAUGUGAACAUUAUUGCAGUUCCUGGCAUCGGAGACAAUGCCCUUGGUUCUUGGACAUCUCCAGACGGCCGAGUUUGGUUGUUUGGCUUCCUGCCUGAAGACAAACGUAAUGUCCGAGUACUUCUCUAUGGUCAUUCGACAACACGUAGAGGAGACUCAAUGGAUGAGUCUAUCGAUAAAUUAGGGGACAAUCUCCUAGAACGUAUUUACAUCUGGUCGUCCGACUAUCCUCAUCAGGCACUCCCUCGGUGGCUUGGUGCUCAAGAAGGCACUUAUCAUAGCUCAUGA